AUGGAGGGCCAGGAGCCUGGCCUGGGGGGCAAGGACCCCAGGGGGGCAUCCCCCCCGCCAGAAGAAGAGCCACACAGGGUGCCUUCUCUGCUGGCCGAGGACCCUGCGGGGGCAGCAGCAGCCAAGGAGGCACCCCCGCCGGCCCUGGGAAUGGAGGUGGAGGAGGAGGACGAGGAAGGUGAGGGGGAGAUGGUAGAGGUGAACCAUCAACACACGCAGACAAAGCGCAAGGCGACCGCCAAGCAGGGAGCAGCAGGCUACACAGUGCGAGCGGUGGUGCCGGCCGAGAAGGCGGAGCUGGUGUCGGUGGCCAAGGCCAUGCACCGCGAGCGCUUCGGCCGCACCGUGCAGGAGCUCUUCAACCUGGAGCGCGAGGCUGCCCUCAAGGCCAUCAAGACAGGUCUAUAUGUUGGGUGGCGCUGCCCCGAGUACCUGUGGGACUGCUUCCGCGUGGGCGACCGCUCCAAGUGCUUCUGUGGGCACCUGCUGCAGGAGCACCAGGUCUAUGCCGAGACGCGGGUGCUGGUGCCCUGUGCCAUGCCCAACUGCAAGUGCCAGGGCUUCGCCUUCAUCCCGGCCCGGCCCGAGGAUGUGGGCGAGUUCUGGCUGAAGAGGAUAAUCGGCUUCAACGCCGCUGCCUGGCGUGCCACGUGCCGCUGCAAGCACAGCCAUGAGCAGCACAUGCCCCGCGCCAGCCGCGCCUGCCAGGCCAGAGGCUGCUGCUGCACGGGCUUCGAGUCCAGCUUCCUGUGCGCGGCCUGCGACCGGCGCUGGGAGGAGCACGAGACCUUCUUCGAGUCGACUGAGGCACGGAGGCAGGGGGGGCGGCCGUAUGGGGCCGUGCCAGCCGGCAGAGUGCAGGAGCCCGAGUGGGGUAUGCAGAUGCCCACGGCGAUGACGGGGCUGAAGGGUAGUGACGUGGUGCUGCCCUGCAAUUUCACACACCCAAACAAGAACUACAUGGGCAUCAUCCGUGUCAUCUGGGAGUCCCACGUCUUCCAGUGCUGGGUGGCCAACAACAGCGACACAAACGGCAACUGCAGCAAGGAGCCGGGGCCCAACAGCCGCUACAGCCUGGCUGGGGACCCGCGCCAGCAUGACCUCUCCCUGCGGGUGGCCAGGCUGAACUUUGAGGACAAAGGGCUCUACUCUUGCCGUGUGGAGCUGGUGAACAAAUCCGGGCAGUGCUGGACGCACCCCACCAACCUCAACCUCACUGUGGAAGCAUCGCCCAGCAUCCUCAACCUCUCACUGCUGGAGGGGCCGGGGCCAGCACGGGCCUUCUGCAUGGCCGAGGGCAACCCCCUGCCCAACAUCACCUGGUGGGGCCCUGGCAACACCUCAGAGAGCCCAUCCCCGCGGGAGACCCAGGUUAAUUUCCAGAGCGCGGCGGAGAUCACACUGCGGCGCAAUGGGACCUACACCUGCCGGGCGAAGAACACGCGGGGCUGUGCCGAGCUCUCCCUGACUGUGGGGCCCUCAAAGAAUACCCGCUUCCUACUCCUGGCUGCCCUGCUUCCUACUGCCCUGCUGCUCCUGGCGCUCCUGGUCCUGGCUCUCGUCCUCUGCCAGAGGCGGAAAGGGCGAUGCCAGGGCUCACAGAGGGACCGUGUAGCUCAUGCCAGCCCGGCCAGCAACAUGCCUCAUGCAGACACCUGCACCUACGCGGAGCUGAGCACAACGAGGGUGACUGGCACUAGGACACCUCCCAAGUCCCAAGUCUGGCUCCCUCCAACCCCCAAGGAAGAGGUCACCUACGCAGAUCUGGCUCUUGAGGGACUGCAGCCAGGUGCGGGGAGGCGCCAGGCGGUGCUCCCUGCCGUCCCCAGCGAGAGCAGAGAUCUGCCUGGGCACACAGUGGGGCUGGGAGUGCCAACCGGCCCCUGCCAGCCCAUCGCUGCCUGCAGCUCCUCCUGGCUCAGCACCCAGCCUGGCCCAGGGCACUGGGACCCCGGCUGGGCUGCAGGCGCCCUGCACACCCCACCCCUGCCCAACAGCACCGACAAGACAAGCCCCUCGUGUCCUGCCCCGUGUCCUGGGGAGCUCCCAGGGCUGUGCGAGGUGGCACCUGCUGCAUCGUUUCCAACGGGCACCAGGUGAAGCCAAGCCCCGGCCCUUCCUCCCGGCGAGCACAGGGGCCAUCCCAGCACCGUCUCUGGUGCUGGUCACUCCAGGGCUUUCCUGCAACCUCCAGCAAGUCCUCUCUGCCAGCUCUGGAUGGGCACUU